AUGCAUAAAGAUGGAUUUAAUGAGGACGAUUUGACAGUGAAAAUAUCCGAAAUAAUCAACAGCAACGGUCUGCUGGAGGACGGGAUGAGGCGAGGGGUGAGGAUGCAGACGCUGAACGACGACUGGGACUACGUCCAGCUGCAGGUUGCGCUCUACAUCAACUCAGACCUGCCUGGGGUGAGUGUUCCGAAUUCGACUGGAAUCAAGUCGCUUGUGAAUCGAAUCAAGGGAAAAGGAGGCAGGUUCAGGAUGAAUCUGAGUGGGAAACGAGUCGACUUCUCUGGGAGGACGGUGAUUUCACCCGAUCCGAAUCUGUCGGUGGAGGAGGUUGGGAUGCCCCUUGAAAUGGCACUGGAAAUGACGGUGCCAGAGAAGGUCACCUCGUUGAACAAGGGGCGACUUGAGAAACUGGUUGAAAACGGGCCAGGGGUGCUCGAAGGCGCCAACUACGUCGUGAGAGAGGUGGAGAAGGAGGGAAACAGGAAGCAAAUCAGGGUGUUUCUGAAGUAUGCGAAAAACAGGCGACUGAAAGUGGGUGACACCGUUGAGAGGCACCUCAGGGACGGAGACGUCGUUCUGUUCAACAGGCAGCCGUCUCUCCACCGAAUGAGCAUCAUGGCCCAUCGAGUUCGAGUUGGAGACCACAAGACACUUCGAUUCAACGAGUGCGUCUGCAACCCGUACAACGCCGAUUUUGAUGGAGACGAAAUGAACAUUCACGUUCCACAGACGAAGGAGGCGCAGGCAGAGGCGGCCGAGCUGAUGAGUGUGCGACGGAACAUCUGCACAAUCAGAAACAACGAGCCACUGGUCUCGCCGACCCAGGACUUCAUCACUGGGGCGUAUUUGAUGACCAAGAAAGACAGGUUUCUCAACAAGAGCGACUUCUAUGGGCUGGUGGCAAAUCUGGAGAUUGUUGGGCGAAUGGAAGUGGAGCCAGUGAUCAGAAUGGGGGCAGUUUCAUUGUACAGCGGAAAGCAGGUGAUUCAGGCCAUGUUGGACCUGAUUUUGGUUGGGUCUGAAACCAGGCUGAAUUUGGAUACCAAAAACAGGGGGCUGAAUCGAGUUCUAUUUUGGGGUGGCAAAUUCAUCAUGGGCGAAUUGGAUAAGGCGAUUAUUGGGGCAGAAAACAGAAAGGGAUCUGUAGUGUGCAGAUUGCUCGAGAUAUCGAGGGAGGCGUGCAUCAGAUUCAUCAACGACCUCUCUCGAAUCAGCUCCCGCUUUCUGAUGGAACGUGGAUUCAGCAUUGGCCUGGAUGACGUAUUCAUGAACGAGGCAGUCAGGGAGAAGAAGGAGGAAAUAUUUGAUAGAACCAAAAAGAGGCUGUUUGACGUAGUGGACGAGAUGGAGAUCACAAGCAGCCUGAAUCGGAUACGAGAGGAGUGUGGAACAGUCUGCCUGAUGAAUCUGAGUCGCAGCAACUCAGCCGUGGUGAUGGCUGAGUGUGGGAGCAAGGGAAGCAGAAUCAACGUGAGUCAGAUGGUUGCAUGUGUGGGACAGCAGGUUGUUUCUGGUGAGAGAAUACGAAAUGGAAUGGAUGGUAGAACACUGCCCCACAUGGUGGAAGAGAGGAAAGAGACCAAGACGGAUGAGUCGAUUGAAAAUGACAUAUUUUAUAGGGGAUUUGUCUAUAACUCAUUUUUCAGUGGAUUAAGGGCAAAUGAGUUCUUCUUUCACACGGUGAGUGGGAGAGAGGGGCUGGUUGAUACGGCAGUGAAGACGGCUGAGACGGGGUACAUGCAGAGGAGGCUGAUGAAGGCAUUGGAGGAUCUGAGUGUGAAAUACGAUGGGACAGUGAGAAACAGUCACGGUGAAAUAGUGCAAUUUGCGUACGGUGGAGAUGGGGUGGAUCCACUGAAGUGGAAUAGGCAGAAUGGGAAAAAAGAUGCCGACCUGGGGAUUGAACCAGGGAGCUGUGUUGGGGCGAUGUCGGCGCAGUCGAUAGGGGAACCAGGGACGCAGAUGACCCUAAAGACAUUCCACUUUGCUGGGGUAGCAUCGAUGAAUAUCACACAGGGAGUUCCGAGACUGAAGGAGAUCAUCAAUGGAACCCAUUGCAUCAGCACCCCUGUUGUGAGACUGGGCAGUCUGACAGAAGAGGCCGUAUCAAAACUAAGGGCAGUGAUUCAGAAGAAGAGGAUGAGGGACAUUCUGGUGGAAAUGAGAAGGGAAUUCAGAAUAGUGAAAGACAGGGUAGUUAGUGUGAUUGAGAUGGAGACAAGUGAGGCAAUUGAUGAGAGGGUGGCUGAGAGGCUGAACAUCACCAGAAACAGUGAGAGAAAAUACACCGUAAAACACAGGUACAGUGAUUUUAGGGAGAAUAAGCUGAGAGACGACUUGAUGAAUGCCCAGGUGGCUGGGCUGAAGGAGUGCAACGGCUUCUUUGUCGAAGCAGAGAGCACGACUGGUCUCUUUGCUCUUCUGGUGAAUGCUGGUGUUGGUGAGUUCCUGAACAUUCUGAGCAUUGCUGCCUCCCUCGAAUUGGACUAUUCCACGAUCAAAACAAACAACGUGGUUGAAAUUGAGGGCGUUCUUGGAAUUGAGGCAGCUCGUGAAUCAAUCAUUGCUGAAAUAGAGCAGACGAUGGAAUCACAUGGGAUCAAAAUAGAUCAGAGGCAUUUGCAACUGCUCAGUGACGCAAUGACUGUUCGUGGUGCCCUUCUUGGAAUAACCAGGUUUGGGAUGAAGAAUGCAAAGAAUAGCACGUUGAUGCUUGCGUCAUUUGAGCAGACAGCAGACUUCCUGUUUGGAGCAGCAGUUGAAUCAAGAACUGAUUUAAUACGAGGAGUCAGUGAAUCAGUGAUUGUUGGAAAACAGAUCAAUAAGGGAACCAAUGAAGAUGUUGAAAUAAUAGUUGGUGAAUGA